UGCACUGCAGAUGUGACGUUUUUACAUUCAAGCUUUCUGCACUGCUUUUGCUAAAGGAAUGGACUACAUUGAUUUAUUUCAUUGUGCAAAUUCAAGGCAAUAUUUACAAUUGUAAUUUAUGUAAAUGUACGCCUAGUGAAAUAAAUCAAUUGAAUGCAUUCCUUUGGUAAAUGUAAGUCUCUGCAGAAACUUCAAGUCAGGAACUAAAAUAUCAACAGUGACCCAGAAAAAGGCAGAAAGACAAAUCUUGAGACAAAAGAACAUUAUGGGAAAUCUGAAAUGGAUAGAUACACAAAUUAGACCUGGUGUGAUCAGUGUUUAGGAGUCUAAACUUAGACUGCCCCUGCUUGAUCGCUCACUCUCACACACAUUGUUUGUACAUGCUUUCCUUAUGCUGCACCAUAGUGUACCAUAGUGAAAGUGUUUUCAAACGUUUAUUAAAUGUACUAAUAUAUAUUUUUCCCAGAAAAAUUACUUUUUGACUGCUGUAUAAGAGGGACUGUUCUGAAUGCUCAUUGAACACAAGCCAUUCAUAAAAUUUGGCUUGGAAGUACCCAAUAAUAUAACUCUAGAGAUUGAUCCCUGUUUUUAAGUCUCUCUAUCUGCGGAGGAGGUCAGGGGUCAGGGUCGGCACCUGGAAGGAAUUCAGUGCCUUGGUAAAUAGCGACAGCAAAAUGCUUAAACACUGGGCUGGACCUUUUUCAAUCCUCGUAUGCAAAAGUUGACGCUCCAUUAAAUGUGUCCUGCCAUGCUGUAAAUGUGGAGCUUGGCGUCUCCUCCUUGACCACUGAGCUGUGGAUCAGGAAACAGCAGCGUGUCUCUGGAGAGCACUGGGGUUAUAUGGCUCGGCCCCUUUACGCAGCCACAUUCAGAAAACGGGAACAGCAGUUAAGCAGCGUCAAUUGUGCCCUUCUCAGACGCGUCAAAUAUGCUAAAACACCGGAAACGACGACGACUCACCCUUCAAAAUAACCGCUAGAUGUGUAGGAAAAAAAAGCUUAAUGAAUGAAUCUUUGAACAUCGGUGUUUUUUAGGCAAUGACUCACAUUUUUAAGCGCUCUGUCAUGGCAUUUGUGAAUGUUUCCAGGAAGCCAAAUAUCUUAAAUCAAUGUAUUUUAAAGGCUAAUUUAGCCAUAAGCAUUACAACUGCACGUUUAAAAGGAAUUCCUGAAAAUGAUUGUCUGACCUACUUAAAUUCUUGACAAAAUGUCAUUACGUUCAUUGCAGUAUUCCUGACAGGACACCCUACACACAAUCAUCAUGCAGUGCUUUGGCUUUUACUUUGAAAACUAAAGCGGAAGUUGUGCUAGAUAUUUGUAGCUGACUUGACACUGGCGCGCACCCGUCUUUCCCUCUCUGUGCGUGCGUGCGUGCGUGUGUGUGUGUGUGUGUGCGUGUGUGUGUGUGUGUGUGUGUGUGAGUGCGUGUGUGUGUGCGCGUGCGUGCGUGUCUUUUUUACUCCCGUCCCUCUGUGUCUAUGCGUCGUCGUCUCCGCUCCCCCAGUCUGCUGCUGCACAUCCACAGCGGAGCCACCACGCCGAGGAGGCGGGCCGACUGUAGCUACACCUCGGCCAGCGGUGCUGGGUCAUAGCGCUGGUGGAGGGGGGGCAGCACACUGCUCUUCUUGCCCUUCCAAAAAUCGUGCACAGCCUGAAGCAUUGAGGACACCAUCAGACUAACGCGUACUGGAAUAGUUUUGGUUUUUGCUGAGACGCGCCAAGUUGCAGCUGCAGAGGCGCACUUUCCUCCGUGGCUCCUCUCUCCUCCUGCGCUCACAAUCCGACAUGGAAGAUGGUCCGUCUUCAACAAGCUGUUUCAGAAGGUUAACGGACUGUUUCCCGGGUGCAAGCUUGACAGAUGAGAAAGUGAAGGCCUACCUCUCGCUUCACCCGCAGAUGCUGGAUGACUUUGUGUUGGAGAGUGUGAGCGCAGAGACGUUGGACAGAUGGCUGAAGAGGAAGACCAGCAGCAGGCCUGCAGAUGACACAUCAGCUAAAGAAGCCAGCAGGCAGUACCAGGACACAAAUGUGCAGGGUGUGGUGUAUGAACUCAACAACUACAUGGAGCAGCGCCUGGACACUGGAGGAGACAACAAACUCCUGCUCUAUGAGUUGUGCAGCAUCAUCAAAACAGCAACAAAAGCUGAUGGAUUUGCACUUUACUUCUUGGGAGAAUGCAACAAUAGUUUAUGUUUGUUCAAUCCAACGGGGGCCAAGGAUGGCCCUCCAAGCCUCAUCCCCUCUGGCCCCAUCGCAUUUGGGACAACUGUUGCCGCUCAUGUUGCCAAGACUCACACAACACUGCUAGUAGAGGACAUCAUGGGGGACGAGCGCUUCCCCGACGGCACAGGGCAGGACUCAGGGAUCCAUGUUCACUCUGUCCUGUGCCUCCCCAUCAUCACUGCCAUCGGGGACCUCAUUGCCAUCCUGGAGCUGCAUCGGCAGUGGGGCACGGAGCCCUUCAACCUCAGCCACCAGGAGGUUGCGACAGCUAAUUUAGCGUGGGCGUCAAUUGCCAUUCAUCAAGUACAGGUGUGCAGGGGCCUCGCCAAACAGACUGAGCUCAAUGACUUCCUACUAGAUGUGUCAAAAACAUACUUUGAUAACAUUGUGGCAAUAGAUUCUCUACUUGAACAUAUUAUGAUAUAUGCAAAAAACCUGGUGAAUGCGGACAGGUGCGCACUCUUCCAGGUAGAUCACAACAACAAAGAACUGUACUCUGACCUGUUCGAUAUCGGGGAAGAGAAAGAAGGCAAACCUGUCUUUAGGAAAACCAAAGAAAUUAGGUUUUCUAUUGACAAGGGAAUAGCUGGCCAAGUGGCUCAGACAGGGGAAGUCUUAAAUAUCCCAGAUGCCUAUGCAGACCCCCGGUUCAACCGAGAGGUGGACCUCAAAACCGGCUACACCACGCGGAACAUCCUGUGCAUGCCCAUCGUGAGCAGGGGGACCGUUAUAGGUGUGGUGCAGAUGGUGAACAAGCUAAGCGGAAGUGCCUUCACCAAAACGGAUGAGAACAACUUUAAGAUGUUUGCUGUCUUUUGUGCUCUGGCCUUACACUGUGCUAAUAUGUACCACAGGAUCCGGCACUCUGAAUGCAUUUACAGAGUGACGAUGGAAAAGCUGUCUUAUCACAGCAUCUGCACAUCAGAAGAAUGGAAGACCCUUACCCAGCUCAACCUCCCUACACCCAUUUAUAAAGAGAUCGAAAUGUUCCACUUUGACAUUAGUCCCUUUGAGGAGAUCUGGCCUGCUGUGUUUAUCUACAUGGUUCAUAACUCCUGUGGAAAGACCAGCUUUGAGCUGGAGAAGCUGUGUCGGUUCACCAUGUCCGUACGAAAGAACUACCGGCGUGUUCCCUACCACAACUGGAAGCACGCAGUGACAGUGGCACACUGUAUGUUCGCCAUCCUACAGAAAACCUCUGGGAUGUUCACAGAGUUAGAGAAGAAGGGUCUGCUGAUCGCCUGCCUGUGCCAUGAUCUGGACCAUCGGGGUUACAGCAACUCAUACCUGCAGAAGUUUGACCACCCGCUGGCUGCUUUGUACUCCAGCUCCACCAUGGAACAACACCACUUCUCUCAGACUGUCUCCAUCCUACAGCUGGAAGGGCACAAUAUUUUCUCCAACCUGAAUUCCAGCGAGUACGAGCAGGUGCUAGAGAUUAUCCGGAAGGCCAUCAUCGCCACGGACCUCGCCCUGUACUUCAACAACCACCAGCAGCUGUCGGAGCUGCUCACCUCAAGUGCGCUGGACUUGAGCAACCACACACACAGGGACCGUGUGAUUGGUCUGAUGAUGACGGCAUGUGACCUGUGUUCUGUUACCAAGCAAUGGCAAAUCACACGGCUCACAGCCAACGACAUCUAUGCUGAGUUCUGGUCUGAGGGAGAUGAGAUGAAGAAGAUCGGGUUGCAGCCGAUCCCUAUGAUGGACAGAGAUAAGAAGGACGAGGUUCCCCAAGGCCAAGUGGGAUUCUAUAAUGCUGUUGCAAUUCCAUGUUACACGACACUGUCGAAGCUUUUCCCUCCAUCCAAUCCUCUUCUAAAUGCCUGCAAGGAGAACCUGGGCCAGUGGGAGAAGAUAUCGCGGGGAGAGGUGCAGGACGUAGUGCCCAACCGGCCUUGUGAUUCGGGCCCUGUCAAGGUUGACAACUGACUACCAAAGGGGUUGCUGGCCCACCAAAGGAAUACAACUAGAAUCCUGCCACGGACCUGGUACUUUGUAGGGGGAAGAACCCACAUCCUGCGUUAGCAGGAGACGGAUCAGCUAAAGGCGACUUGACUUUGAAAACACACAGUUACCUCAUUAGGUGAUGGAGGUGUCGACACUGACGGUUUCACCGAUCCCAGAGACUGACAGACAGCCGGUGGGGAGGGACUUCAACCCAUCGCUCUACAUCCACUCAGCUUGGGAAUUCAUUUGUUAGAAUGGACAUGUGCCGUUUUGGUUGUUUUAAUUUUUGGCAGUUUUAGGUUAUGUUAUGAUUCUUUUUUUAUAUGAGCUGAUUCUUUAACGGUCUUGUAUUUGCAGGGGCCUUACUCUGAACCUUUCACAGGCUAGAAAUAUGUGAAAUCUUGUUGUUGGUUCAGGUUUUUUUGAAAUGGUACUGUUUGCCUUCUGUGGUAGGUUUAUCGUACGCACACUACUUCACCAAGGUAUUUCCAGAGACAGAAGGAAUGUGUAGAGCAAAUGUAUGGUUUAAAGCCACCUUACUGAGGAGGUGGAUGCCGGAAUGUUUUUUUUAUUACUUUUUGAGCAAAAAUCCUUUGCAGUACUUGAAUAAAAACAUACAGCCUAUUCUACGUGGAGAAAUCCCCCAUAGCAUAUUCUUCAAAACCUGAAUGAACUGUGGUGAGAGGAUUUAGAUAAUGUCGACUCUUGUGAACACAGUCACAAGAGAGUCACAAUGUUUCUCCCUGAAGUGGGCCCCACAGCACUGCCCACGGCCCCUCCUGGCAUUUAGGAACCUGCUGCACAGUGGAUCCACUUUCUUCUGAUUAACAGAACCUGAGCCCAGGUCAGCAGAAAUAUUGCGCGCAGGAAGGAAGGAAGAAGAUGCAUGAAUAGCAUCAGUUAUAGCAUAGUUGUGUGCAGGCUUAUAGCCCAUUGAAUUUUCAUUGUCGUCACAUUUUUCACACCACUAUCACAUCAUUAAUUAUUUCACACAACAAUCUGGUUUCUCCUCAUUAAUUAGUAAUCAUUUCUACAACCAUGAAUAAAACACAAUACUGCACAAGUUGGUUAAGAGUCCCAGCAGAUUCUAAAGAUUUCUUUGUUUGCAGUGACACAACAAACUUUUUACGUGUUGACUACUUUAUGUAAUGACUAGAUAGCAUCCUGAUUCAUUACACAAGGUUAGGUGUUUGAGUUAUUGAGGUGUAAAUUUAAAAAAGGGUGAGGAGGUGGGAUAAAUCCUAGACUAUACAGUGACAGUGAGUUUGACAUUAGGUGUCCUUGCAGGUUCAAAGCCGUAGUGUGAAACAUUUAUGACACUUUUUUGCUGAUGAUGCCGGGCACAGCAGCUCACCAGAAGUCUCAACAGGGGUCAGCUUCAUAUUUUCGCAUAAUGUCAAACCCGUUAAGCUAAAGUGCAUCAUAUGUCUAUCUCUGGGAUUGCAACUCAAGAAUGUUUGGUUGACUUUCUGCAAGUGUGUAACAGAAGUCCCCCUCAUUUCCAUGGCCUGUCGAAGGAAAUAAAUCCUCCUCCUUUACGCUUACUCUCCAACGCCAUGCAAGGGGGUACAUUUGGACUCUUUCAAAUGAGUUUCCGAGAUCUUCCAAAAGACUAUUUUUUUCGUCUGAAACUGUCAUUCCAGUGGACAUUGUCCCUUCAAGACUGAAAUUACCGCUCAAAUGAUUUGUUUUACAACUGGUACUGUGGCUCCCAAAUGGUGUGAAUGAGCAUUUUGAUGAAUGUUUUGUUGAUCCUCGGUGGUGGCAUGUGGGUCAGUGCGCCAUCAGUUUUCCUGAUGUGCUCUGUCUUACUUUUCAGAAUUACUUCCAGUAAGCAUCAACCAAGAGCAACAAUUAGCAUGCACCUCAACUAAACUUUAUAUAUCAUUUUUCAGGAUACGGUAAUAGCUGUAUAUUGUGUGCAAUCUAGGAAUUACUUUGUACAGACUGAGAUGUAUGCUCUGAUGGCGCUAAACUGAAUGGCAGUUGUGCACUUUCAGACUGUGUGUGUGUGUGUGUGUGUGUGAGGGAGAGAGAGAGUGAGAGAGAGCUUCUGACUGUCUCUUUCCCUGCUCCAACCCCACCUGAGAACAUGGAUAAGUCCAUAACACUGCACUGUCCCUUCUACUUUUCAGCACCAGUUAUAUUUCAUUGUCUGCACUAUGUUUAGCUUAUGGUCUUUAUCAUUAUUAUUAUUAUUGCUGUUAUUACUAUUGUUAUUUUCUUAAUUAGAGUUAAA